UACUCAACUCUACUUCCGGGUUGGGAAUGUCACAAUAGUUUUUGCUAAGGAGAGAACCAGCUAUUUCCUUGUUUUGGCAGUACCAUGAAGUGAUUUCAUUAGAUGUAGAGACAAAUAGCAAGUCUCAUGUCUGGCGAAAAUACACAGGCUCAAAGUGAGAAUGACAACUACAUGAAAUGGACUGAGCCAGACAAAGGUCUCAAAAGGGCCCAGUGGUACUGGGGCGACAUCUCCAGGAUCGAGGCUGGAGAGAAACUAUUUGACACCUCUGAUGGCACCUUCUUAGUGAGAAACUCAACCACUCCAGGGGAAUACACUCUGGUCCUCAGGAAAGAUGGCACCAAUAAAUGUAUCAAGAUCCUCCGCCAGAACAACCUGUUCGGUUUUGCGGAACCAUGUGAAUUCCCCUCUGUGGUGGAGCUGAUAGAGAAAUACCAGACAACAUCACUGAAGAUUCACAACCGCAGCCUCGAUAUCAAGCUACUAUACCCAUUCACACGGUUGGAGCAUUCUUGGCUGACGGAGGAGGAUGAAGGGGACAACCUCUACACCAAGCUGUCCAAACUGAUGGAAGUCAACAAGAAGUACCUGGAGAAACACAAAGCCUAUAAUAACCACCAUGACAACUACGACUUUCUCAGUAUGGAGAUCCAGCGCUGUUACUUGUCCCUGGAUGCGAUGAUGAAGAUGCAGAGCAUGAUGGAGGAGCAGCAGAAGACGUUGCUGCAGCACCAGGGCCAACUGAGUCAGCAUGAGAUUCCCCUGUUUGAGCGGAACAUGAAGCUGCAGGAGAAUCGCCUGGUGUCACUGAAGGAGAGCUAUGACAAGCAGAGACGUCUGGCAGACCAGAUGAACAGUGACAAUAACAGGGCCAUCAAUGACAUGAUCAACCUAAGGCCGGAAGUGAAGCGGCUUGGUAAUCAGCGUGAAGAAAUGAGGAGGAAUGUCCUGAAUGAGGGCUUGAGUCAGGACUUUGUCGAUGGGCUCCUGGAAGAGGAGAAGGGUGUGUCGCUCUGUCAUUACAACCAGGACAGCUGGUACGUCCGGUGUGACCGGCCUGAGGCCGAGAACCUGCUUGCCAACAAAUCCCAUGGAACCUUUCUUGUACGUCCUAAGUCUGACAACAACCAGCAUGCACUCUCUGUCAUGUGUCGAGACCAUGUCCAACACUGUAUCAUAUUACACGUAAAAGGGCGUGGCUAUGGCUUCACUGAAGAUCUCUGUCUCUUUGGAACCCUCAAGGAACUUGUUAUCAAGUAUCGUCGCAUCUCACUGGCUGAACACAACACUAACGCUGACGUGACUCUCAUCUACCCACUACACUACUACCAGAAAGAUCAGGCACAUUGAUGGCCAGCAGGUGGCGCCACCAGACAAACAAUGUAACAAAUCUGGGUAUAUUUUGAAGUCUGUUAAGGAAAUCUCCACCAGUCACGUUAUAGCAGUUUGAAUCUUAGUCCUAAGCUUUUCAGUUUUACUCAAGCAGGAAGUGUCACUAGUUCCUUCUAAGUUAACUGAGAUGGAUGCCAGCAAUAACUAUGAUAGGGACUUUUCUUCGUUGUGGGACAAGACAAUCAUUGUUUAGCUUGUAGGAAACCAAUAAUGAUAUUGCAUUUAAAUAUGUAGCGUAAAGAUCUAAUGAAUUUACUGGUCAUGGGGGUGGUGGGGUAGCCUAGUAGUUAAAACGUUCAAGAAGACCCGGGUUUAAUUCCCCACGUGGGUACAAUGUGUGAAGCCCAUUUCUAGUGUCCCCGCCGUGAUGU